AUGCGUGUACUUCUAGCAUUUGCCUUUCUGGCUUCUUUUGCCAGCGCUGCCGUCGAAAGCCUACAUGGACCAUUCACCAUUAACAGUGUGGUAUACGGAGAGAAUAUGACUCUUGCGGGAAGCAACGACGAGCAAAUCAAAUUUAUAGGCACCACGGACAGCUAUUGGAUCAUCCAGUCAGUUGCAAGAGACGCCAAACCAUGGCAUACCAUAGAAAAAUACUCCAGGAUUACGCAACAGAGUCACUACAUCAACUUCAAAGAACACAAAGCCGGGGAACCCGCCACAAUCUCCACGGGGGCCGGCUCAAUUUUCGAGUUCGAAUAUGCUGGGUUUGCCAUCUUCCGAUUUGCUUCAAUCGACCAUCCCGACCUAAAGACGAAGCUGUACUGGACGGUGAAGAACAAUGGAACUGAGAGCCAGCCUGAUUUAUAUUUGGCACUUGAGCCCGAAGGAGUCGGAUACCAAAUCUUCACCGUUUUUAAUCGUCCCGUAAUCCCUUGA